AUGGAAAACUUGUGGGAAUUUGGUGAGUUCAGUUUUGAUACAACGAAAAAUGUUAAAUUUUCUGUAGCAGAAGAUCUAGGAGACUGUAAUGGAAUUGAGUCUCUUUGCUCUAAUUUUGGUUUCUUUGAAGAUGAUCCAUCACAAGAAGAAGAGCUUCUUCUUUCCACUAAUCAACAAAAGUAUCACCACCAACCAUAUCUAGAUUAUGAAGCUUUUGAUAACUUCAACAUUGACAUGGUUCACUUUGAUGAACAACAAUGUCCUACAAGAAUUCUUCCAUUUUGUGACAGAAAAAAGGACAAUCAAUAUUACCAACCAUCACCUUUAACACCAGUGGAGAUAUUGAAGAAUUACGGCAAAGGAUUCAAGAGGUUAUCACCUGAUGAAGGAAAAAUCCUUCAUCCUGUUAAUGAUUUUGAUUUAGUCACAGAUAAUCAAAAUGAGAGUAAGUUGUCAACUGGAGAUAUCAUGAAGAUAGCUGGAACAAGGUUCAUACAAUCAUCAUCUUCCUCAGAAUCUAUAUCAGGUUUGAUUCUUAAUCACCCUUUUGGUUUUUCUUUCUCCGGUCUCUCCGAUGAAGAGAAAGAAGAUGUUUCACUUGCUGAAUCACUUUUGGCUUGCGCUGAAAAAGUUGGAUAUCAACAAUUUCAACGCGCUAGAAAUUUUUUACCACAUAUCAGCUCUUUAUCUUCGAAGACAGGUAAUCCUGUUAAGCGUGUGGUUCAUUAUUUUGCCGAAGCACUUUUCCAAAGAAUCGACAAAGAAACAGGUAGAGUUUCAUCUAACAAUACGCAAAAGAUAGAAACUUUAUUUGAUCCUGAAGAGGUUAGCAAGGAUCUAAAUCCAACCCUUAUUGCAUUUUUCGAAGAGCUUCCAUUUGUUAAAGUUUCAAUGUUCACAUGUGUACAAGCUUUAAUAGAAAACCUUAAAGAUGCAAAGAAGAUUCAUGUUAUUGAUCUUGAAAUUCGUAAAGGGUUACAUUGGACAAUCCUAAUGCAAGCGCUUCAAUCGAGAACAGAAUGUCCACUUGAACUUCUAAAGAUAACAGCUAUUGCCACCGGAAACACAUACACUUCAAAGCUUAUAGUUGAAGACACCGGCAAAAAAUUGGAGGAUUUUGCACAAAGUUUGAACAUACCUUUUUUGUUCGAUACAAUUAUUGUAUCUAACUUGUCACAUCUAAGAGAAGAUCUUUUCAAGAAAGAUUCUGAAGAAACCGUUGCGGUUUACUCUCAAUUUGCUCUAAGAAGCAAUAUUCAACAAUCAGACCAACUUGAAACAGUCAUGAAAGUUGUUAGAACUAUAAAUCCUAUAGUAAUGGUCGUAGCCGAGACUGAAGCUAAUCACAAUUCUAAAUCUUUUGUGAACCGUUUCAUUGAAGCACUUUUUUACUUUAGUGCGCUUUUUGAUUGUUUGGAAGAUUGUAUGAAAGGUGAUGAGAAGAACAGAAUGAUUAUAGAAUCACUGUACUUCAGUUAUGGUAUUAGGAAUAUUUUGGCUGAAGGAGUUGAAAGAAAGAGUACAGAUGUAAAGAUUGAUGUGUGGAGAGCAUUUUUCGCUAGAUUUGGAAUGGUGGAAACAAAAUUGAGUAUGAAGUCUUUGUAUCAAGCUGAAUUGGUGGCUAAAAGAUUUCCUUGUGGAAAUUCUUGCACAUUUGAUAUGAAUGGUCAUUGUCUUCUUGUUGGAUGGAAAGGAACACCAAUUAACUCUGUUUCUGUUUGGAAAUUCAUUUGA